AUGUCUGCGAACCCUCAAGUCACACCAAACCCAACUCUGAGGCUGGAUAUACUCCGAAGCCCACCAGAUCCCACUGUUGACAUUGUGGCCGUUCAUGGCCUCAGUGCGAGCCCAGAGAAGAGUUGGCUCUACGAAAAGGAAGGUUCCAAGAGCUAUCAUUGGCUGAAAGAUGAUGAUGGGCUUGCCAAAGACUUUCCUAGUGCUCGCAUUAUGCUCUUCGCAUAUAGCUCGGCAUACGCGAAACGUUUCAAGAUGAAGCAGUACAUGGUCAACCUAGCAGCCGAGCUUCUCGAGGCCCUGAAUUUGAGAAGAGAGGAACAGGUAUUCAACCCAACGGGAAAAGAGUCUUUGACAGAAUUUCAUGCUGGAAAGAAUGUAGAAAUGCGCCCGGAGACCAGUGGCUGCUUUUUCUUUGGAACACCCUUCAACGGUGCGCCUGUGGCAGAAGUAGCCGAACAUUGGGCCAAGAUGCAAGUCAAAGAAAACACUGGCAAGGCGGUCGACUCGCAGCUCCUGACACUACUCAAGCCUGGAAAUGAGAGCUUACGAGAGCUGAAACGUGGUUUUGUGCAUUCUGUCGGCAAGCUAUCCCAGAAGGUCGAGGAAUCUGCUGAAUUUGUCAGCCGAGACUCAGCAAGUCUUGAUUCUUCCACGGAGACAGGCCUCUACAGAGCCCACAGAGAUAUGGUCAAGUUUGAGUCAUUCGAGGAUCCCCAAUACCAGCGAGUGAGAGGACCACUCAAGAGGAUUAUUCAGAGUGCUCCGCGAGUUGCCAGAGGGCGAUUCAACUGUACCCGCGAAACCGCAAUAGACAGCCAAACUUGGAGAAGAGUCAUCGAACGCAAUCUUGCGUCGCUUGAAGAGAGUCGCAGAUGA